AUGGCCAAAGAAUGUCUGUACCCAGUUCCAGGAGAAACUGUGCUUCGCAUGCUGACCAGAGAACUUCAACAAAUGGGCUUAUACAAGCAAACGUUGAGUAUCCGACACUAUAAGCCACCAACUGAGUCAGCUCUGGCAGAGGACGUAACAAUGACACAGUCAACCACCCCACCCCCAUGUUCUCUGCUUCUGAGUACACCAACAUCAAUUACGACGUCAUCUGAGUUUCCGCUGGCACUGUUACUGAGAAUUCUCAAUCACCCUGCUCCGUUUAAUACACUCGAUGUUUCGUCUAUAGCGGACGGCCUAGCCCAACUAGCUGACCUCAUGGGAUCACGACUACCUACCUUACUGGUACUGAUAUCCCAAGUACAACCGGUACCUUCCGAUAUCACUACGGUGAAUGUCAAUUCCGAUUACGUUAAACUUCCACCAGAAGAAUCAAGUUACUAUUAUGAGGCAUACUCGACCUUCUGUCCUUGCCUUCUUCCGCUUCCUCGAUGGAACGGGCAUAGCUAUUCAAAUCCUGUGCGGGACACCAUCGUCACUUUUCUGGGAGCUUACCCAAUAGUUUUGGCAGCUACAUUGGCAGUUGGUUCAAAAUUAAAGGGUAAGGAAGAUCUCAGCGCCAACUACUUGGCCACUGUUAGCUCUUUGGCGAAGUCUCAACUUGAAUCAAUUCAAUCCAUGAGAGAUUUAGAGCUGCUAAUUGUGGCACUGGUGUUUUUGGCACUGGCUGCUACUCAUUUGUAUCCAAGUGAAAUAAACUGGCAAAACUCUUUGACCUCAGUUGCACGUUUUGUCCUGAAGUCCUCGACUGUUGAACAGCUGAAAGUUUCUGUUUUAUGCAAGUGGUUGUUAUUCACAUUUGAUGCAACUCUGGCUCAACCUCCAUUACUGGGAGCACUAUCAGUAAUAGGCGCUUCUUGUUGCCCGAAAGAGAAAGCGGUACUUGAGGAAUGGGGUUUAUUAUUGACCUCAGGGUUUAAUCUACUAACUGGAACAAGUCAAGCGGUUAUACACUUGCAUGAGGGAUUCUUGGACUUCUUUGUUAAAGGCACAAACCGCAUAGACUAUCGAAAAGGACUAACUCUUAUGUCGGGGUACGCAAAUGAACUUAAUCACUUGUUCUGUCCAUCCCCUCAAGACGUUGGCUUCGUUGAAAGUCCUUGGGGGUCUACAGUGAAUGGCUCAUUUGUUUCGUGGAUGGACAUCUCCCAUCAAACUCAUACUCACGCAUUCAUAGCAUGGCUGCUUGUUACAAUAUAUGGCGUAGCGUGGACGCUGCCCCAAGUACAGCAGAUACUAAGUCAAAUAAUUCAACUAGUUGAUAAUAUCAACACCGCCGUCGAAAGCUCUUUGGGACCAUUGGUCAGAGCUCCCAUAGCAAUGCGCUGGCCCGUACUCGUUGCAUGUUCCUUCAUCAAAGAUUUGGAAUUAAGAAGCAGAGGACAUGAAUAUUUAAAUUGCUGCAAACAACUUUCUACUUUAAAAGAAGAUGGUUAA